CACACUCUCACACACGCACACACUUACACACCCCUUCUCCCACUCACACUUGCGUGCACACACUCCCACAGCCUCAAGACAGCACCCACACAUGCACAUGCUUCACUUCCUCCCCAGAGCCCGCUUGGGUGAAGACAGCAUGGGUGGCUGUGAGCUGUAAGGAUGGAGAAGAGAGUGUGUGUGAUCCAGACUGACUUCCACCAGUACAGACCCACCAUCGCGCUGCACAGCAGACCCCUGGCACAUGUCGAGUCUCUGUCGCUGCAGCAGCACAUUCACACACAGGAGGCAGGGAUGAGGGAGAGAGAGGAGCUGAGGAGAGCCAUAGACCAGAGUGAGCGACUCCUCUCCAAGGUGAGCGAGCUGGAGGAGCAGAACACCGAGCUCGGCAAGGAAAGGAAUGAGGUGGCCACUAGAUACCGAGCUGAGCAGGAGAGCGCUCAGGCGUCCGAGCAGCGCUGUGUCCAACUGGAGAAGGCCCAGUGUGAGCUGGAGCUGCAGCUGUUGGGUCUGUCAGACCGACUGGAAGAGGAAGAGGCCUGCUCAGCCCAGCUGAACCUCCAUAGGGACAGGCUGGAGGCCGAGUGCAGCAUCCUCAGAAGAGACCUGGAUGAACUGGAGAGCGCCCUGGCUGCGACUGAGCAGAGUAAACAGUCAUCAGACAGUGAGCUGAGGAGGCUGUCAGAGCAGCUUGUUCAGAAGGACGAGGCGGUGCAGAGGCUUCAGAAGGAGAAAGAACAUCUGGUGGAGCUCAGCCAGCAGGCCAUCGAGGACCUACAGAGCGAAGAGGAGAAGGUGAACUUCCUGACCAAAGAGAGAACCAAGCUCCAGAUGCAAGCUGAGAAUUUGGAGUAUCAGCUGGAGCAGGAGCACCAUCAGCUCGGUGAGCUGGAGAAGAGCAGGAGAAAGCUGGAGGGUGACAGCCGGUCCACUCAGGAUAGUCUGGGAGAGAUGGAGAAGAUGAGGAGCGCCCUGGAUGACCUCAUCAAAAGGAAGGAUCUGGAGCUCUGCAGUACCAGCUCCAAACUGGAAGCGGAGGAGACCCUCAACACGGGACUGCAGAGAAAGAGCAAAGAGCAACAGGCCCGCAUUGAGGAGCUGGAGGAGGAGCUGGAGGCAGAGCGCGCCAUGAGAGCCAAGGUGGAGAAGCAAAGAGCAGAUCUCACUAGAGAACUGGACGAUCUCACUGACCGGCUGGAGGAAGCAGGAGGGGUCACAGCCUCUCAGAUGGAGGUGAACAAGAAGCGUGAGGCCGAGCUGCAGCGGCUGAGGAGAGACCUGGAGGAGUCUUCUGUCCACUCCGAAGCUCUGGCUGUGUCUCUGAGGAAGCGGCACGGCGACGCCAUGGCCGAGCUGAGCGAGCAGUGCGAGGCUCUGCAGCGGGCCAGAGCCAAGCUGGAGAAGGAGAAGCAGAACCUGAGGAUGGAGGUGGACGAGCUGGUUGCUUCGCUGGACAAUCUGCAGAAAGCCAAGAUGUCCUCGGACGGCCAGAUGAAGAAACUGGAGGAGCAGCUGUCCGAGUCCAACAGGAGAGGAGACGACCUGCAGAGGGCGCUCACUGAGCUCAAUGUGGCCAAGAACAGACUCUCAGCCGACAACACGGACAUGAGUCGACAGAUGGAGGAAGCCGAGAGCAGAGCCAGUCAGCUGGCCCGCUCCAAAUCUCUCCUCCAAACCCAAGUGGAGGAGCUGAAGAAACAACUGGACGAGGAAGUCAAGUGUAAGCAGGCGGUCAGCAGCAGCCUGGGCUCAGUGCGGCAGGAGUGCGAGGUUCUGAAGGAGCAGCUGGAGGAGGAGCAGGAGAGCAAACAGGAACUGCAGCGCCUCGUCUCCAAACUCAACAGUGAGGUGACGCACUGGAGGACCAAACACGAGUCUGACAGCAUCCUGCACGCAGACGAGCUGGAGGAAUCCAAGAAGAAGCUGGCAACCAGGCUGCAGGAGGCUGAGGAGGCCGUGGAAGCCACGCAGGCCAAAUGCUCCUCGCUGGAGAAAACUAAACAGAGGCUGCAGGGGGAGGUGGAGGAUCUCUGCAUGGACCUGGAGAAGGUCGGCAGCUGCGGCCAGGCUCUGGAUAAGAAGCAGCGGGUCCUGGAGAAGCAGCUCGGAGACUGGAAGCAGAAGUGUGAGGAGCUGGUGGCCGAGGUGGAGGGCUGCCAGAAGGAGUGCCGGCAACACGCCAGCGAGCUCUUCAAACUCAAGACGGUACAUGAAGAGUCUCUGGAGCAGCUGGAGGCUCUGCGCAGGGAGAACAAGGCCUACCAGGAGGAGAUAGCUGAUCUCACAGACCAGCUGUCAGACGGAGGGAAGAGCGUCCACGAGCUUCAGAAGGCAAAGAAGAAGAUUGAGAUGGAGAAGGAAGAGUUACAGGCCUCGCUGGAGGAAUCUGAGGCAGCCUUGGAGGCCGAGGAGACCAAGGUGCUGAGACUGCAGCUGGAGUUGUCUCAGGCUAAAGGAGACCUGGAGCGCCGACUGCAGGAGAAGGAGGAAGAGACCGAAGCGGCCAGAAAAGUCCACCAGAGGGCGCUCGAUUCCCUGCAGACCAGUCUGGACGUGGAGGUGAAAGGCAAAGCAGAGGGACUGAAGCUGAAGAAAAAACUGGAGGCCGACAUCAACGAGCUGGAGUUGCAGGGCGACCUGCUCACCAAGAACAACACAGAGCUCGGCAAGAACAGCAAGAAGCUCCAGCAGCAGAUCAAAGAGCUGCAGGCUCAGCUGGAGGAGGAGGCGCGGAGCCACGAGGAGCACAGGGAGGAGCAGGCAGCCCUGGAGCGACGCUGCGGUCUGUUGGUGGGCGAGGGGGAGGAGACACGUACAGCCCUGGAGUGCGCGGAGAGGGCGCGCAAGGCCCUGGAGACAGAGCUGCAUGAAGCCAGCGAGAAAUACAGUGACCUCAACAACCAGUUCCAGUCGGCUCUGAGUGGGAGGAGGAAGCUGGAGGUGGAUCUGCAGACUCUGCAGCAGGAGCACGAGGAGCUACAGGGAGAGAUGAGGGGAUUCACAGACAAGGCCAAGAAGACCAGCUGUGAGUUGGCACGAGUGGGGGAGGAGCUGCGUCUGGAGCAGGAGCACACGCUGCACCUGGAGAGAGUGAAGAAAGGACUGGAGGCCCAGAUCAAAGACAUGAGCAGCAGACUGGAAGAGGCCGAGCAGAUGGCUCUGAAGGGAGGAAAGAAGAUUAUUCAGAAGUUGGAGGGAAAGGUGAAGGAGAUGGAGCUGGAGCUGGACUCGGAGCAGAAGCGGCACGCUGAGACGGUGAAGACGCUGCGGAAGAACGAGCGCCGGCUGAAGGAGCUGCUGUUCCAGUCGGAGGAGGACCAGAAGAACCAGCAGAGGAUGCAGGAGCUGGUGGAGCGGCUGCAGAACAAGAUGAGGGCCUACAAGAGACAAGUGGAGGAGGCCGAGGAACAAGCGAACAUGAACCUGGUGAAGUACAGGAAGACCGUCAACGAGCUGGAUGAUGCUGAGGAGCGCGCUGACAUCGCUGAGUCGGCUCUCACCAAGAUCCGGACCAAGAACAGAGGCAGCUUUGGAAAAGGAUAUUCCUCUGGUUACAGCACGCCGUACCCCGGCCGGGUCCGGUCGCCCAGCUCUGUGGGCUCCGAGGGCAGAGGGGAGAAGAUCCUCAACGACGACAACGAAUCCGUCAGCUCCCUCAUCCCGGCCUAUCUCAACUCCCUCAAGAAGCUCAUGAUCGAUUAGAAGACGGCUCUGACAUCACGUCAUGGUCCGUUCUGACUCUUCGUGGUGUUACACGCAUCAUGCUGGUCAUAAACAAACCGUUCCAUGUACCACAUGUUUGUGAUUACCGCACAUUCCCAUUUAACCCUAUCUAAAAUGUAUUCACUUUCACUCUGUAAGAUCACAGCUUUCAUAACUCACUCCAGCUUUUAUCCAACACACUUUUAUCUUCAUGUAAUAAUGUAAUAUUUGUACGUUAAAACAGCUUGAAUAUGGAAAAGUGUACUGUAAGUAUACUAAAAUUGAGGUAACACUUUACUACAUAGACUGAAUGUAAGUCAUGUAUCAUGCAAAUUAUAAAUCAUCAAUAAAUCAUUUUUUUAUCGUAACAAUAAAUACAAUAAAUGUGCGGCGCACUGUUGUACACUGUGCACACAAUGUUUUCUUUAUUCAAAUCCAGGCAGAAAUUCAACACAUAUUUUGUACUUAUAUAUACUUAUGUUAUUGUUGAUUAUAUUAACAAAGUAGAGAUACUACAUUGUUAAUUGUCGUUUACAUACAUGGCUAACUUAGAUCACCUGUGCACUAGCUAGCAAUUUUUUUAGCAACUGCUAUGGUCCGAUAGGCUUUGUAAUCUGAAAAUAAGCAUCCACAUGCUGUAACAAUACAUAACUUGUAACUUUUGGGACAUUUGAUAUUUGCGAAUAUGGCGAAAACCAUGAGGCCAACAGUUAUCUUGGACGCAAAAGGUUAGUCUAACAGGCUUUGUCCCAAAAUCUAGGUUGGGAAAUAUCUUUGGUUCAAUUCAAACAUUUAUACUUUUUACAUUUCAGCCAAUAAUCCUCCUUUUUACGUUUAAUGUUGAGUACAGUUUGAAUACUCAGUACCAUAAGUUGCAAUAUUGAAUGCAACAAGAUAGCACCAGCUAUCUUGUAUAAAGCAAACUGGUUCAAAAUAGUGAUUCCUGUUUAACGGUCAAUCACAUUUGGGAGGGACAACUUUGUAGUGCAAUGUAUCAAAAAUUAAAUAUCACAUUCAGUUAUUUUAGGUCAGUAAUAGGAAAGGCAAUGUCAGUGUAUUUUAACUGUUCGAUAAAGUAUAUGUCUGUUUGAACUUUUAACCACAUUUUAAUAAUCACUGUCUACUUCUGUAACAAGGCUUGACCAAAGCAAUUUAUUGUUGAAUGUGAAAAUGUGUUUUUAGG